AUCUCGUAUGAUCAAGAGCAAAUAUAUUCAGGUAAUCCAAGUUCAGUUAGUAAUUUAGUUUCAGAUCGUUGAGUAAGGUUUCUCAACUGUUUUUUACCCUUUUAUUUUGUUUCAGAUAAAGAAAAACCCACACAAGCACACAUGUCCACCUGGAGGGGGAGGGGGGAAGGCCAAAACCAAGCUAGCAAAAACUAGGUGGGUGGCAGAUGCUAUAUUGGAUUGGCUGAGAGAAGAACCUGGACUUGGUCCAACAGCACUCCAUGGGAAGCUUUUUGAGAAGUACAAGAUAGAAAUUCCUUACAUGAGAAUUUUCAAUGCUAAGGAAAGGGCUCUUGACAGAAUUAAUGGUCAAUGGAAUGACAGUUUUCAGCUGCUUUACACUUUCAAAGCUGAAGUGGAGAUGGCAAGUCCAGGGAGUGUUGUAGAGAUUGACAAGCAUACAGUUCCAUUCAAAAUAAAUGGGAAAUCAUUUCAGAAGGAGUGCUUCAGAAGGGCUUUUGUUUGUUUCAAGGCUUGCUGGCAGGGGUUUCUAGAUGGUUGCAGGCCCUAUUUGGCUGUAGAUGCUACACAUUUGACUGGAAGAUGGAGAGGACAGCUAGUAGCAGCUUCUGCAGUUGAUGGACACAACUGGCUAUUCCCAGUUGCAUUUUGUGUGGUGGAGGCAGAGUCUGAGGAAAGUUGGGUCUGGUUUCUGCAGCAGUUGCGCAACAUUAUAGGCACACCCCCAGGUUUAGCUAUACACACAGAUGCUUGCAAGGGUUUAGAGAGUGCAGUGGAAAUUGUAUUCCCUAGAGUGGUGCAUAGGGAAUGUAUGCGACACCUAGCGCAUAAUUUCAAAAAGAAGUUCAAAGGUAAAGUUUAUGAUGAGAACUUAUGGCCAGCAUCAUACACAUGCAGCAAAAGGAAGCAUGAACACCAUUUGAGAGUGUUGUAUGCUCAAAAUCCUCUUGUGAAGGAGUACAUGGAUGCACAUCAUGGUAAGGUGUGGUCAAGAAGCCAAUUCAACGAAAUCUGCAAAGUAGAUUAUGUGACCAGUAACCUUGCAGAAUGCUUCAAUUCAAAGUUCAAGUCAGUGAAAGGGCUCUUGUUGUGGCAAGCAUUUGACAAGAUGAGGCAAAUGAUCAUGAUAAAGAUGGCUCUUCGCAAAAGAAUUGCAGAAACACAAUAUGUUGGUCAUCAAAUGCUCCCAUCACUGAUUAGGGCAUUGCACUUGAAGGCAAGAGGACUGAAGAUGAAAUGUAUUCGAUCUGGUACAUAUGAGGGAGAGGUUACAUAUACUGACACUAAAAAUAGGGUAUGGAGGUAUCCUGUGAACCUAAGUACUAGAGAAUGUACUUGUAGGCAAUGGCAGAUCCGUGGGAAGCCAUGCAUACAUGCCCUACAUCUGAUGACCGUUAUCGGGGGUGCAGAUGGUGAAGUUGAUCAAUAUUGCUCUGAGUAUUUCUCUGUUGCCAAAUUUAUGUCUGCUUAUGCUGACAAUGUGCCUGCACUAUUGGGGAAAGAUCAAUGGAACAUAGUAGAUCCAGGGUUCAAACUCCACGCUCCUGUCAUUACUAGACCACCAGGAAGACCAAGGAACCAGAGGAUUAGAGCAGGUGAGGAGGGUCGUCUACCAAAGAAGCAUGCUUGCAAAAAAUGUGGAGUUCUGGGGCAUAUUGCUAGGCUUUGUACCAAUGCAGUGGAUGCAUCAUUUGGAGAGGAGGAAAGAUGGACAGCGGCCAAUGCUGAGGAGAAUGCAGCAGCAAUGGAGACUGAAGAUGCAGUGGAGAAUGCAGCAGCAAUUGAAGCAGUGGAGAAUGCAGCAGCAAAUGAAGCAUCUUGCUCUAGGGAGAAAAGGCCAAGAGAUGAAGAAGCAGAAGAUUUUGAAACCAUGGCCUUUGAUGGUUUUGAAGCUAUAAGAGAGGAAGAGGAGGGGGUAAUUUUUCCAACUGUGCCUUUAAAGAUUAUUGAACCCAUAGAUGACCGUCAAAUGGUCGUCAAGUGCUCGGUGAGUGGAACUACUCCAUCAACACCUCCACGGGAAAAACCCCAAGUAAAGCCCAAGAUCAAAAGGAACAAGAGUCUGAAAGAAAAGAGCAUCUCAACUAGGGAAACCAGGAGCAAGACGGUGAAGCCAGCUGCAAACACAAGGAGCAAGUCGAAAAUUUGAAUUAAGUUGUUGGGAAAUGUUUGUGUUGUCAAUUUGAGGGCGAGUCGAUCGCUUAAAACUUGGUAGAUUUGUAUUAAGAUGUUGGCAUCUUAAAACUUGGUAUAUUUGAGCUACUGUGAAAACUUAUCAGUUCUAAUAAGGGAUCCCUUGUAAUAAUGUUGCUUCUACUUUGGUUUCUUAUUUGUGUCAGAAUUCAAAUUUCCAUCAAAAUUUGAAUUUAAAUCAAUAUUUUAAUUUGGGCCAAAAUUUGGAUUCGAGCCAAAGUUGAAGUUCAACAUUGGAGGUUCAUUGCUCUGUGUGGUGUAUUUGAUCGAGCAUUUGAAGCCCAAUAUUCGUAGGUGAACAGUCCGAAUGAGAAAUGUGCUAGAAACAAGCUCGAAAGCUAGGGUAAACAGCCCUAUUUGAAAUCAAGUUUUUUUACCUUGGCUAAAUAAGGCAUAUAUAUUUUUAUGAACACUUGUUCCAUAUAUAUAUGGUAAAAACGAAG